CACGCGCACGCCACUGAUCCAAAACAAAAAAGACUGAAGUGAGGUCGCCGAAAGGAGAUAUCCGCCAUGUUGAUACUCCCAAAACAACCGUGCCGACUUGUGCAGCGACAGUUUCGUGGCUGUGAGAAAACAUUCCACAGGACCGGGCCCGGGGCGCUACGGACUUCCUCCUACGAUUGGCUUCAUUGGCCAUGACUUCACAAAACAAACGAGUCCUGCAUAUUCCUUCCUUGGCAGGAUGAGCAACAGCAUGUUUUGUGUUGACAGCAGUCCGGGACCUCAGUACCACAUCGACGCAAAGAUGACUCGCUUAGGGAGGGACGGCACCCCUGCAUACUCCAUGCUGGGCAGAACAAAAACACAGAAGAGGUUCUUCCACACCCCCGGACCGGGCUCCUACAGCCCAGAAAAAGCCUGCGCCCUCCAGCGUCGCCCCCCGUCCUACACCAUUGGCUCCCGCACACGUUACCGCACCACGGACCCUGUGCCCGCUCCGAACAAGUACACUCUCCCUCCUCUAAUGGGCUCUCACGUCCCAAAUAAGCCGGCCGGCGCCAGCUACACAAUGUCGGCCGCUUUCAGCCGAGGCGGGGCGUCUGUGGAUAACGCCAAGACGCCGGGGCCUUGCAGAUACAACAGCACACAUCCCAGUGUUUAUCUCCGCAGGCCGCCCGCUUUUACAAUGUUGGGGCGCCACGGCGUGCCCAAGGAUGGCACCGAGAAGCCCGGUCCCGGUGCUUACAAUCCGGAAAAAGUGACUGCGCACAAAGCUCGGGCCCCAGCCUUCUCCAUGGGGAUCAGGCACUCCGAGUUUGUCACCCCGCUGGUCGUCGCCAUUUCAGAUUGAAUAUCAGCCACAAUGUAGGAAGAUCUGAAGAUCCAUCCGGCACCUGUAUCACUUUUUAAAGCACACAGCAACAUUUCAUACCCGCAUAUUGUUUUCUGCAAGGCAUCCUCCCGUACUCAAAGGACGAGUGUGCGUUUCCUUUGAUGUUAAAUAAUAGUUGUUUAUGCAAAGCCUGAAUGCACCUAUAUAUCUUUCCGGUCAAAUUUCAAUUUCAAAUUCUUUAUAAUAGGUCCACCAGAUGGUGUUAUUUUUCACCAUUCAAAAUUAGCUUUUUUUUUUUCCUUAGUGAAAUGAUAAAUUGCUGUUAAACUUGAAUAAUGGUGUGCAUGUAAAAGAAAAAAAGUUUGCAUGCGUGUGUUUCAUAUACAACUUCAUAAACCUUUUUUGGGUUAUGAAAAAUGUCCCAUUUGAAAUGUACACUUCAGGUUGAAGUGAUUUUGAACGAUUGACUGAGUUUAAAGUGUAAAACAACGCAAUCUACCAACAUCCAAUACAGGAGUUGUAUGCUAAGUAUUCCUUGACACUUUAAUAUAUGAAGUUCUUAUCAUAUUGACAUUUUUGGGGGAAUUUGAUUUAGUUCACUUUUAUUCAUCCAGCUAAUUCAGAAAAAAAAAAACAAAUAUGUAACAAAAUGUACAAUGUACAAAGACACAAAGCAAAAAAAGGAACCUACGGAAAAAUGAUGUUAUCAAAAUAAUAAUACAGAAACAAGUAACCAAAGAAAAUCUUUUUGGAUCAGAGAGCCGAAAGAGUUUUCUUUGACGGGAUCAAUAUGUUAUAAUGAAAUAAAGCAACUGCAACCCCCCAACAGUCGAUUGUUCGUCCGUUGGUGAGCAACAAAGACAAUCCAGCAACGCCAAUAAAAAGGUCAAAGGAAAAAUU